GAGCCCUACAGAGGAGCUGCAGGGAGGCUCAAAGUUUGUGUCUGUAGCUGCCGUGCGAAGUGGGCUUACCGCUCAGGGAUUUCAUUUAUUUUUUUCUUUCUCCUGGCAUGAAAGCUGAACUGCCUUUGUUGGGAAGGCGAUCCGCGCUGUAGCCCCUGCCUGCAACCAUUGGCCGGAUCUGUGCACCGCCUGUCUGCCCAGGGGACCCUGGACGGAGGUGGUGUCCUGGGCGGAGAAGGGAGCGUCUUCCUUACUCUAGUGCACAAGCUCCACACACGCACACAAGCGCGCCCCAAGCCGGGGUCCCCUCCUGGCGGCCCGGCCCUCCGCUCUCCUGUCGCAGCAUCCUCGCCCCGCGAACCCAGGCCCGGCAUGGAGGUGCUGGAGAGCGGGGAGCAGGGCGUCCUGCAGUGGGACCGCAAGCUGAGCGAGCUGUCAGAGCCCGGGGAAAGCGAGGCGCUCAUGUACCCCACGCACUUCUCAGAACUUCUGGAUGAGUUUUCCCAGAAUGUGUUGGGCCAGCUCCUGAACGACCCUUUCCUCUCAGAGAAGAGCACGUCCAUGGAGGUGGAGCCCUCCCCAACAUCUCCGGCGCCCCUCAUCCAGGCGGAGCACAGCUACUCCCUGAGUGAGGAGCCCAGGGCUCAAUCACCCUUCGCCAAGGUCGCCUCCAGUGACAGCUUCAAUGACGAGGAGACAGAGAAUGAGAAGUGGUACCUGACGACUGAUUUCCCUCCAGCCACCAUCAAGACAGAGCCGAUUACGGAUGAGCUACCCCCAGGGCUGGUUCCCUCCAUCACUCUGACCAUCACUGCCAUCUCCACUCCAUUUGAAAAGGAGGAACCCCUGCUGGACGUGCACACUGGGGUUGACUCCUCCUGCCAGACGAUUAUUCCCAAGAUAAAACUGGAGCCUCAUGAAGUGGAUCAGUUCCUCAACUUCUCUCCUAAGGAAGCCUCCGUGGACCACCUGCACCUGCCACCCACCCCUCCCAGCAGCCACGGCAGUGACUCCGAGGGCAGCCUGAGCCCCAACCCGCGCCUGCAUCCCUUCAGUCUGCCCCCCUCCCACAGCCCUCCCAGAGCUGUGGUGCGUACCCCCUCCGCCCUCUCCACCUCUCCACUUCUCACGGCUCCCCACAAACUGCAAGGCUCUGGCCCACUGGUCCUGACAGAAGAAGAGAAGAGGACCCUGAUUGCUGAGGGCUACCCCAUCCCCACCAAAUUGCCGCUUACAAAAUCUGAGGAGAAAGCCCUAAAGAAAAUUCGGAGGAAGAUCAAGAAUAAGAUUUCUGCGCAGGAAAGCAGGAGAAAGAAGAAAGAAUACAUGGACAGCUUGGAGAAAAAGGUAGAGUCUUGUUCCACUGAGAACUUGGAGCUUCGGAAGAAGGUGGAGGCACUGGAGAACACCAACAGAACUCUCCUGCAGCAGCUACAGAAACUUCAGGCUUUGGUGAUGGGCAAGGUUUCCCGCAGCUGCAAGCUGGCAGGCACACAGACUGGCACCUGCCUCAUGGUCGUCGUGUUAUGCUUUGCCAUUGCUUUUGGCAGCUUCUUUCAGGGCUAUGGGCCCUAUCCUUCCGCCACCAAGAUGGCACUGCCCAGCCAGCACUCCAUGUCAGAGCCCUACACAGCCUCCAUUGUGAGAUCCAGGAAUCUGCUGAUCUAUGAGGAACAUUCUCCCCUGGAGGAACCUUCAGGCCCAGCUGGUGCUGGGGAGUUCGGGCGCUGGGAUAGAGGACCCUCCCUGCUCAGGACGUCAGGAAAGGAACCCCUGUCAGAUGUGGAGCUUCCUCACUUCCUUCUCUCCAAUGAGAGCAGCCUGGACAAGUCAGUGCUCUUGGAGUUGCAGCAGCACUUGGUCAGCACCAAACUGGAGGGCAACGAAAGCCUCAAAGUCGUGGAACUCGACAGGAGAGUGAAUGCCACCUUCUGAAGAGGCGAACCCCAUGCUCCCCAAACCCCUGCUCUCUACUCUUCCAUGUACGCCCCCAACCACCUUUGUCUGAGCUUUUCUUCUUGGCCAUCCAGGUUGGUGAUGACUAGAACUUGGCGUUGGAUGGGAGCACAUCCUGGUGUGAGAGCACCUUCCCUGGAUCUAUAUCCCUCUUUGCAGAAGGAACCCACGUCACCUGCUCACCCUCGCUUGCUGCCAUAGAAAAUAAUCAGAGGGCCUCAGGUGGGGCAAGCAGGCACCAAAAAGUUGCCUCUUGGAAGAAGAGAUGCCACUUGUCUGUUUGAGAGCCCAGACUCCAUUCAAAUACACACACACACACACACACACACACACACACACACACACACACAACACACAUACCUUCUCUCUCUCUCACUACCCAGAUCUGGCAAAGCACUGACUGACAGAUGUCCUGCCUUCCUCUCACCUGGGGCUCCUGUGUGUCCAUUCCCCACCCCCAUCAGUUCUGGAGGUGCCAGGACUUCCUAUAAGCAACCCCUCCACACAUCUGACUGUGGAGUGAGGGCGCCCCCUUCCCAUCUUAGGCCGCAAGUGCAAUGCCUGAAGGACUCAGGCUUCUCCAAAACAACCUGCCCCAUCUUGUUGCUUGUAGAACUUCUAAACCUUUGGCCCCACAGACCUUUAGUUCUGCCUCCUGGCUUCUCCUCUCCAUUUGUAAAUAGUAUUUAUUAGCUUAUUGAGGCUUCCCUCUUGCAAACCCUCUGAUACUUUCCCCUGACCUAGCAAGGGCUUCUGUUGGCUUUUGGAGCAGUGAGGGGACCCUAGGUUCUGGAGCCCCCAAUCUUUCUGGAUUAUAAUGUGUUUGCUUUACUACUGCUGCUACUCCUGCUACAACUACUGCUACUAAUUCUCCUCCUCCUUCUCUUUCUUCUUUCUCCUCUCUACCUGUUCCUCCUGCUCUUCUACUCCCUUUUCCUCCUCCUGCUUCUUCUCUGUCUCCUCUUAUUCUCCCCUUCCCCUCAUUCUCCCCAUUCAUCAAUUCUUCUUCAGUUCUUCUUCUUCUUCAGUUCUUCUUCUUCUUCAGUUCUUCUUCUUCUUCUUCUUCUUCUUCUUCUUCUUCUUCUCCUUCUCCUUCUCCUUCUCCUUCUCCUUCUCCUUCUCCUUCUCCUUCUCCUUCUCCUUCUCCUUCUUCUUCUUCUUCUUCUUCUUCUUCUUCUUCUUCUUCUUCUUCUUCUUCUCCUUCAUCUCCUCCUCCUCUUCCUUCUCUUUCUUCUCCUCCUUCUCCUCCUCCCCAACGUUCUUAUCUAUAUUAAUCAUUGGGGGACCCUCCCUCUUGGAGCACCAAGUCAUAGAGAAAGAUGGCACAGGGCCUUGCCCAGCACCUGUGUCUUUGCAGUCAGGUGCUCCUCUGUCCUGUGUCCUGGGUAGCAAAGGGAAGCCUUGUCCCUGAUAACAGACCACCUUGCUAACUUGUCCCCACACCUGCCCCCUCCCCAUUGUGCUUUACCCUCCUCUUCUGCCUUGGCAUGGGGGUGGGUGUGAGGCCCAUUCCUCAGGAGGAGGUGACAUUUAUGUCCCCACAGCCUUACCUUUUGUAGUCAGGUUUGGCUAUUCUGCAGCUCACCCAAAGAGAUACAGCCUAAGCCCCCUGAACCUACCUUCACUGUCUUUUUUAAAAAUUUUUAUUUUAAUCAUUAAAGGUAACUUUUAUAGUUAUAAAAAGAACUUUUAUCUUUCCUACAAUGAAGAAAUGGAAACAAUAGCCUUUUUUAUUGUAUAAUGUAGAAGAUGUCUCUUCAGUGUUUUUUUUUUUCUCCUGAGUUUGUAAAAGAUUUUGUGUAGAGAAUUUGCCUACAUUUUGUAUUUCAUUUAAAAGAAGAAGAAGAAAAAAAACUGGCUGACAGGCCACUAGCUUUAACUCUUCUUUCUCUGUGGGUGUGUGUCCCAGCUAUACUGUCACUGUGCUUUGAGAGGCUAAGUCCAGACUUGGUCCUUCCAUUUCUGCAUCAGAUGCAGAGUCUGGCCACUGGAGCAUUUUCUGUCCUAAGCAGAUUGUUGCUUUGUCAGCCUAGUUACAGUUGGGACUCACCAUGAGUGAUUUUUCUCUUUCCCUGCUAUGAUGGGCAAAAGCUGGGGUCAGGACUCUAUUAGACCCAGAAGUGGUUCUUCUGUCUGCUGGCUCUGUGUUGCCCCAGAGAGAACUGAGACAUUACCAGCUGUGCAGAAAGAACAAGGUCCCAGCCUGCUCCCUGCCUCUGAUUCUCUCUCCUGGAUAGCCCUUCUCUCUCUCUCUCUCUCUCUCUCUCAAAUAUCAUUUGAUUACUAGGCACAGGCAGUCUGAGAGCAGGGGAGGCUGAGAAGGUAACAUGAUAGAAUUCCUAGAAGGCACUAUUUGGAAGAUAAGAAAAGUUUUGCAGUUAAGAGCAGAAGAGUGAGGCUGGGCUGCCCACCUGCCACAGUGGAGUCCCGUGGGUUUUGUUUGUUUGUUUUUCUUUUGAGAGAGGCAGAAAGAGAGUGAAAGAGUCCACAGCUCUGAAGCUUCCUUCAAUACAGCAGAGACUGGGCUUGAACCUGGGCUAUGUGUGUGGCAAGGCAAAGCACUAGCCUAGUGAGCUACUUCACUGGCCCAGCCCCAUUUUUUAAAAUAAAGAUUGAUUUCAUAAGAGAUAGAGUUUCACAUGAGAAAAAGAAAAAGAGAGAAAGAGGAGAGAGAGAGAGAGAGAGAGCGCACCCAGAGUGCCACUCUGCUACAUAUGCUCCUUGGCAUUGAACCAGGAGCCUUAGACAUGCAAGCACAGCUAAGCAAUUCUCUCACCAUGUGAGUGGGGUUUUGUAGACCCCUCCUCACAGACCCAACCUGCACACUUCUAGCUAGUGUCCUCCUCUUACUCAAUUUGCCCCCCACCCCACACACCCCUGCUCUAGUCAUUCUGGCUAGACUGUUGUAGGCCUUUGUCUCUAAGAAGCUGUUUCUUCCAGAACUGAAACUGUAUCCAGACACAUGAGUGGCCAUCCAUCUGCCUAAGAGCUCAGAUGGCCAUUUGCAGGCAGUUGCUGCUGGUUUGAGAAACCACCAUCCUCCAUCCUGGAUUUGGAGCUAAACAUUCUCUCUUUAGGAGGAUGCAAUGAGUUUAGCAAGUCACCAAACAUGUGGAGUGGAUGAGACUGGUUCCAUGUCAUUAGUGGACAUACACAGGAUUAGGAAGCCCAGGAUAUUGGUGGGAUUUGUGGCAUCUACCUACCCCCAGAGUGGUUCUCUAGUUUGAAGGUUAUCCUUGAAGAUUUCAACCAGGAAGAGGGACUGAUGUUGGCAUCUGAACUUGAGUUUUCAAAGAACAAUAAGCUGGGGCCAGGUGGUGGAGCACCUGGUAGAGUGCAUGAAUCAUAGUGCACAAGGACCCUGGUUCUAGGCCCUGGCCCCCACUUGUGGAGGUGUGUGUGGGGGCUUCAUGAGUGGUGAGGUAGUGCUACAUCUCUCUCUCUCAUUCUCUCUUCUUCCUUUUUUUUCUGUCUCUAUCCUAAAAGGUAAAAAUAAAAUUCAAAUAAGUAAGAGACUGUCAGCAUGAACUUAAACCAUGAAAUAUGAAGGUGUUCAAAAUAUACAAGUGAAUUUUUUUUCCAGAAUGGAAAGAGGUGUUCCUCUUUUUUUUUUUUUUAAAAAAAAAAAACAUAUUUAAUGGAAAAGAGAUACAGAGUGAAAGAAAGAGAGAGAGAGACACCAGAUCAACUUGGGUUUUUUCACAGCUCUGAAACUUUGCUCUUGGAAACAGACCCUGUAAAUGAAAUGCCCCACUUGCAACUUCAGAGAAGAAUUUCUCUGACAUGUUAGGACUCUGGGGUCUUAUUCACAUGAAGAAGGGCUCAUCUGGGAGGGGGAUGGGAGGGCAGGGUUGGGGUGAGGUGUGACACAGCAUGGGCUGUGUUAGCUCUGAAGCCCUUUGGGUUCUCAGGAAGGAUCUUGGCCUGGAAACUUGAUGUUAAGAUCUGUGAAACAGCUUUCAGCUCAACAUAUUUAAGAAGCCUUUUUUUUCUUCCUAAAUCCCUGGGUCUAAUCUGAAUGUCAAAAGGGCUGUGAAAUUUGUGUGCCCAAGAGUAGGUAUGCUGGACUAAUUCUGCUUUAUUUGGCGGCCUACAUCAAUGUACAGAAUCUUUAUCCUCAGCUACUCAUUAAAAACUCUCAGUAUCCCCACCUGUAGGGGGGUCACUUAACAGGCAGUGAAGCAGGUCUGCAGGUGUCUAUCUUUCUCCCUCUCUGUCUUUCCUUCCUCCCUGGACUUCUCUCUGUCCUAUCCAACAAUAGCAAUGACUAUAAUAGUAAUAACAAUGGUAAACAACAAGGGCAAUGAAAAUGGGGGGAAAUGGCUUCCAGGAGCAGUGGAUUCAUAGUGUAGGCACUAGCCCCAGCCCCAGCUCCAGCCCCAGCCCCAACCCCAACCCCAAUCCCAGCAAUAACCCUGGAGGAAAAAAGAAAAGAAAAGAAAACCCUGUCAUUACACCACCCCCUUCCUCCAGUUUUGUCAGACUGAGCCAAAGCAGAACCAGAAGAGAUCAUAUGCAUAUCAUGCACCACUCUGUGCCUAGCACAGUGCAGAACUGGGGGUACUGCACCCCCCACACACACACUAAGAAAUGGACCCUACAGGCUGGCCUCACUCAAUUGCUUCAGAUUGGAGAUGGAGGUGAAGACUUUCAACCUCCCGUGGCCAGGCAGUGGCACACUCGGUUAACCAUACCUAGUCCCUUGUGCAAGGAUCUGGGUGUGAGCUCCUGGCUCCCCACUUGAGGGGGGGGGGGGGCACUGAGGUAUGCUUCACAAGCAGUGAAACAGAUCUGCAAGUGUCUCUUCUUUCCUUCUCUACCUUCUACUCCUUUCUCAACUUCUCUCUGUUCUAUUCAAUACAAUGGGGGGAAAAAAUGACGUCCAGGAGCAGUAGAUUCAUAACCCUGGAGGCAAAAAAAAAAAAAAAAAGACUCCCAACCUUUUUGCCUGCCAGGAGUCACUUACUCAUUUGUCUCUGGGGAAACCCGCCUCCCAGAACAAUGUUUAUUAAAGCCACCACCACCAGUGCUCUUGCCAGCCCUGCUGGAAGGACCUGUGAAACCAUUAGCAGAUAGUGCCCUGGUGAGAGUCAUUUAUUUCAGUGCUUUUCAGCUGAGACAAUUAGUAGCAAUGUGAUAGGAUUAGUCCCUCUGGGAGGGCAGAUACAGGCAGGAGUAAGAGACAGAGUUUGGUUUAUCCACAUACCUGUGUUCAUUGGUUCGUGGCUGCUUCUCCUAGGACUUUACACUUUGGCAGGAGGCUCUAGAGAAUACUGAGGAAUAAGAGACCAAGAAUGCUCCACUAGUCAUUAGCUGUUCACCCAACAGGUUUUCUCUCUCUCUCCUCCCUUUCUGGAGAUACUCACUUGUGCCUUAAAUGUGUCUUGCAUGACAAUCCAGGAAUGCCUAAGGAAUCCUUUGUCUCUGGGAGGUUUUCUGUAUAGCCCGGUACUUAGUCUUAGGUCAAAGUGAAAAAAGGAGAAAAGACUGUUUCCGAAGGUUUGAAGCUGGUUUCCUAAAAAGGGAACUGGGGGCCAGGUGGUGGUACACCUGGUUAAGUGCACACACUACAGUGUGCAUGGACCCAGGUUCAAAUUCCUGGUCCCCACCUGCAGGGGGGAAAGCUUCACGAGUGGCAAAGUAGUGCUGCAGGUGUCUCUCUUUUUCUCUCCCUCUCUAGCACCCCCACCCUUGAUUUAUGGCUGUCUUUAGUCAAUAAAUAAAGGUAAUUUAAAAAGCAAAAUAAAAAAUGGAACUGUGAUCAGCUUUCCACAUUAGGAGGAGGGGAACCAGGCAGUAUACAUUAGGAAAAUUCCAUGCUGUAGAAUUGCAACCACAUCAUCAAAUGGCCCAACCUGGAUUAGAGCUUUGAGCAGUCCUCAUAACAGAGAACAAUUUGGCUGUGCCAUUGGAAGAUGUCUCCAUGACCAGCACUUAUGGCAGGAAAAACUGAGGCAGUACUUCAUAUUAUUAUGCUGGAGAGUGUGAAAUCCAGAAAGGCUCUGCUUUGGUCUUGGUUUCUACAUGUCUUAAUCACUCACUAGGUCCUGGUUGCUGGGCUAAAGGCAUUUUAGUUGGUUUGUUUUCAUUUUGUAGCUACAGAAAAAGAGUGCAAUAGAGUUAUUACAUGAUAUACCAAUAGCUGGUGUCAUGGGAGAGUAAGUGUAGCAAUUAGUGGGUUAGGUUGGGCAGAUUCCUCUCUGUGAGCACACUUUGGGGGCUCUCUGGACAGGAAGCACAAGCGCUGCCCUCUUUGCUGGCCCUGCUGAGCUGUGCAAUGCUCAUUUUCUUUGCUUCACACUGAGCUGGUUGACCAGAUGUUUGUGUCCCUGUCUUGCUCAUCCAGUCUUCUGCAAAUCCCAGCAAGCAGCCUUUGCUUUCCAGAAAAAGGAAAAACCAGGGGCUUUAGUUCCGUUCCCUUUAGUUCUCUCUGUGUGAUCCUCAGCUGGAUAAGAACAUGAACUUUUUAUAUGGCUUAGAAAAAAUUCUCUAUUCCUGAUGAAACCCUUUCUGAGUCUGUAGAAAGCACCAGUGUUCACUGACAAAUUAUGAGUGGCCUUUUAAAAAUGAUGUUGAGGAUACUCUGGAUUAAGCAACCCUGAGCUUUAAUGCCCAGACUGAUGGGGUGGGGGUGGGGGAAACUCUUAUUUGUUACAGGUUUGAUAAAUCAGCAGCUUUGAAAUUUAAACACACCUGGAGUCUAUUGUAUCCACCAUAGUGUGCGGUGCUCUUUAUGCCUUUGUAUUCUUUAUCACAGCUAUGUAAACACCAAAAAGAAACAAAAAUACACUUUGUAGCAUACUUGUUCUUAGUCUGAAAAGAAAUCAUUAUUGCUUUUGUAUUUCCAUUUCUCAAAAAUAAAAAUAUUUUUUCUUAAAUAGUAAAA